AUGUGCGGGAUUGGGCUAUUCAUCACACCCUGUGCCGAGCAGCAAGAGACCGAUAGCUCUGGCUGCGGCAUACAUUCGAACCCGGAAAUAUCGCACUCAUCAGUUCUGCGAAACAUCCGCUGCAGAGGUCCCGACAGCCUCAAUGCUGUCCAACACCCGUUUCAAAUCUCCAAGUCAAAUUCAUGGAAGCUCUCCCUCACAUCAAGCGUCCUCAGCCUUCGAGGUGCUGGUAUCACUAGACAGCCACUACUUUGUCCUGAUGGAUCACUACUUCUAGCAUGGAACGGCCAGAUCUUCGAUUGGGACACCACCGCCCCCACGGCUACCUCGUCUAAAGUGCGUCUUGACACGGGAGAGAACGAUGGGCAGAUCCUACUUGAUCGCAUCGUCCAUCUCAACAAGCAAUACAAACAGGAGAUAGUAGCUGAUCCGUGUCAGCUUGCGAUCAACGCAGCUCUGGCCGAAGUGGAAGGUCCAUAUGCGUUCGUAUUGCUGGACCGGGACGAAUCGAGGCUUUACUUUGGCAGAGAUCCGUUAGGGCGUAGGUCGCUAUUGAUGCACCGCUCCGAGCGAUCAAACUCGAUAGCGAUCAUUUCGGUUGCGGGUGAUGAGCUCAAAUCGAGCUCAAAUCUGACCGAGAUUGCCUGUUCUUCGUUGUGGACCUUGGCUCUGCGAGAGGACCCAACGAGACCAAAACCGAUACCUCGCCCAACUUCGCGCUUCACCUCUCCGCUGCUGCUUCGAGAGCUUCGCCAGCCCACAGUGCCAGAGGGAGGAGGCGCAGACGGUUCAUCGAAAGCGAAAACACUGGCUGACUUCUUAGAAGUCCUCUCUGCGAGCGUCCGCAAGCGAGUGACGAACAUCAACACUGAUCAACCGGCCGACGAGGCACAUGUGGCAGUCCUGUUUUCUGGUGGUCUCGACUGUACUACCCUUGCACUGCUUGCUGAUCGAUUUUUGCCACCAGAGCAGCCGAUUGACCUGCUGAAUGUCGCGUUCGAAAACAUUCGUGCCAUCGAAGCGGCCAAGAAGGAGAGGGAGAAGCGUGUCGGCGCAAAAAAUAAGCCUGUUAGUAAGAAGCAUGGAAAAGGUAGACAGCAUCCCGCAGAACCUGCUGAGGAGCAACUCGCCACCAACCCAUCAGCGUCACCAGGAGAAAGAGAAGAAGAAGCUAUCCCAGAGGACAUCUAUCUAGUGCCAGACCGAAUCACGGGACUCUCCUCCUACACGGAGCUCUGCGCCCUGGCCCCAGACCGUCGUUGGAACUUUGUUGCUAUCAACGUUGCUUAUACCGAAUACAGCUCGCACCGAGGCCUCGUUGAGACACUGAUGCUCCCUUCAUGCUCGGUCAUGGAUCUUUCGAUUGCCUCUGCGCUCUAUUUCGCCUCUCGAGCACAAGGAGUUCUUCACCCAUCUCUCUCACCAUACACCUCGCGCGCGCGCGUCCUCAUCUCCGGCCUAGGCGCAGACGAAUUGCUGGGAGGCUACUCUCGUCACCGUCAAUCCUACAGCCGCUCUUGCCUGCCCGGUCUCAUCUCUGAACUGCAACUAGACUUGGAUCGUCUGCCGGAGCGCAAUCUGGGUAGAGACGACCGCAUACUUUCGUGCCAUGGGAAGGAAUCGCGAUACCCAUUGCUGGAUGGACAGGUUUUGAGGUUUCUGACUGAUGUACCGGUAGAACAGAAAGUGGAUCUGGAAAGAAUAGCAAGUGAAGGUGGAGGUGGAGAUAAACGACUCCUGAGGGAUCUAGCGAAGCAGUUAGGGCUGGUGGGAGCGAGUGAGUUGAAGAAGAGAGCUAUGCAGUUUGGAACUCGUGCAGCCAAGAUAGAUGAGGAGAGUAGGGGUGCUAAAGGACAUCAUAAGCUCAGUUAG